GCCUCCAUCAUCCCACGACUCUCCGCCUCGACGACACCUUUCUCCUUCAGAUUCGCCUCUCUCCGCAUAAGACAGCUAUCAAUACCACUUCUCCCCCGACUCUCCAUAGCAGUACCAGCGAUAUCACUAAACCUUCCUUCGCUCCCCUCAUGGGAAGACAUAUGGGAUGGCUUGCUGAAGGCAGUACCAAAGAAGAAGGUGUCACACUCUAAGAAGAGACAUAGGCAGAUGGCAGGAAAGGCCUUGAAGGAUGUCACGUCGUUAUGUCGAUGUUCUGUGUGUGGCCAUCCCAAGCGGAUGCACGUUCUCUGCCCAAACUGU